UGUCUGAGAUCUGGAGGACUUAGUAGCAGUCAGUGAUAGGUUACAGAUGCGCUUUAAAGUCGACACCAUAUGACAUCUGUAAUCAUAUCAAUCACAUGCAGUUUUGAUCCACGUUGCGCUCUUGAUUGGGAUUAUUUGCAUCUCCAAUAAGCCGCAUGCUGGUUGGCUGAGAGGGGAAAUCAUCCCAUUCGUGGUGAAACCAACAAACUCGCUGUGCGCUUUACAACGUCGAGGAGGAAGAGGACCGGAGCGCUGUGGGCUCUGCUCUUUGUAAUUUGCUUCAAAUAUUUAAAGAGGACUGUUUUGACUGUAGCCGGCACGGACCGUGAGGGCUGUGGAGGAGGAGGACCGGUGCAAUGAUGACGGGCAAAUCUGUGAAAGACGUUGACAGAUACCAGGCUGUCCUCAACUCUUUAUUGGCGCUGGAAGAGAAUAAAUUCUGCGCUGACUGUGAAUCAAAAGGUCCAAGAUGGGCAUCAUGGAACUUGGGCAUCUUCAUCUGUAUCCGCUGUGCCGGUAUCCAUCGAAACCUGGGGGUCCACAUCUCCAAGGUCAAGUCUGUAAAUCUGGACCAGUGGACGCAGGAGCAGGUCCAGUGUGUUCAGGAGAUGGGAAAUGCCAAAGCCAAACGUCUCUACGAGGCUUUCUUACCUGAGUGUUUCCAGCGGCCCGAGACAGACCAGUCUGCAGAGGUUUUUAUCAGGGACAAGUAUGAUAAGAAGAAGUACAUGGAUAAGGUGAUUGACAUCCAAAUGCUCAGGAAAGAAAAGAGCUGUGACAAUAUACCCAAGGAACCAGUUGUGUUUGAGAAGAUGAAAUUGAAAAAAGACGUCAGCCCAAAGACAGAUUCACAGUCUGUUACAGAUCUGCUUGGAUUAGAUGCUCCUGCUCCAUGUCCUGCAGUGUCUAAUGGUGGAGGAUGUGUUCCAGACAGCAGUGAGAGUCCAGCGGUGUCUAAUCCACCUCUGGCACACUCUGCACUGGAUCUGUUCAGCUCCCUGCCAGCUUCCUCCUCUGUUUCCUCUACUAGAAACACGCCUGUUUCCAGCUCCAUGCCACAGAGCAGAGUGACUGCCUCGGUGCCUGAAAACCUCAGUCUGUUCCUGGAUCCGGCGCCCAAAGCAGAGGAGGGUACUGUCAAGAAACUAUCCAAGGACUCUAUUCUCUCCCUGUAUGCCUCCGCCCCCUCUGUGCACGCCAGUAGUAUGGCUACUCACGGAUUGUACAUGAACCAAAUGGGAUACCCAACACACCCGUACGGUUCAUACCAUUCUUUAGCCCAGGCGGGGGGAAUGGGAGGCGCCAUGAUGACAUCACAGAUGGCCAUGAUGGGACAGCAACCGAGCGGCAUGAUUGGAGUUCAACAGAAUGGCAUGAUGGGACAGCAGAAUGGCUUAAUGGGUGCCCAGGGUGUGAUGGCACAGCCCAGUGGCGUUAUGGCAUCACCCUACAUGUCAGGGAUGACCCAGGGCAUGAUGGGACAGCAGCAAAGUGGAAUGAUGGGACAGCAGCAAAGUGGGAUGAUGGGACAGCAGCAAAGUGGGAUGAUGGGACAGCAGCAUGGUGGGAUGAUGGGACAGCAGCAGGUUGGAGGUUUACCUCAUCAGCCGGCGUAUGGAGCGCAACAUGCCCAGCAGCUACAGUGGAACAUUACCCAGGUGACUCAACACAUGGCCGGCGUCAACCUCUACAACACCAAUGGUAUGAUGGGAUACAGCAGUCAACACAUGGGAGGCUCGACAAAUCCAGGUUCAGCGCACAUGACAGCACACAUCUGGAAAUGAUCUUAUCUAUCCAAGAAGUGACGCGACACCAAUAAAUACCCACAAACGAGAGGGGAACUGAGUUGUAGGAAUCGGUGGAUUAGACUCUCUAUGAGACAUUUUCUAAUGCAAGGGAGGAGGAAGAGGAGGAGACAGAUAUGAAGAAAAAUAAGGUUUGGGAAACCACUACUACCUCUCUUUCUCUCUCCUCUCUGCCCAUGCUUCCUCUUCUCGUCUCAUUCAUGGCCAUUUUUUUUUGCAUAUUUCCAUGCUUGCCUUCAGAACAUUUUUCAUAUGAUGACCAAGACAACAGGGUUCAGAGGUACACUGGUUAGGACUACAGAUCUUUCCUUGUACCUAGCCUGUAUGCGAGUGAAUGUGUGUGCACCUUCGCUGUAUCUGCUGUAUGUGGUAGUCAACUAACUGCUUGACUUAAAAGACCAAUUUUUGAGAUUUUUUUUUCUUCAAAAUAAAAAAGGCUAGCCUUAACUAAAUUGGCUUAUGCGGUUGAAUAUUUAUUGGAAGAUGCAUUUCCCCCGAAAUAAAGAAACAUGCCUUGUUGUAAGGCUAAUGUUUUUUCUAAUAUUUUAUAAUUCGUUAAAUAGUUUGACAUUUUUGGAAAUACACUUUUUUUUGCAGAGGCUUACAUGAGAGGAUCGAUACCACUCAUAUGUCUGUAUGCCAAAUGUGAAGCUAAUACCUUAGUAUUAUAGUUUCACAUGAAGACUAAAAACAGGGAAACAACUGGCCUUGUUCUGUCCGAAGGUAACACAAGCCAACUAUUUCUUGGCCAGGUUAAGAAACUUAGAUUAGAUAUAGCCUAAGGUGUUUGUGAGCUUUUGUUUCCUUUGGACAGAGCUAGGCCAGCUUCAUCAUACUUAGUGAAAAAGUGAUUUAGAGUUUAGUUUAUGUUAAACCAAAAUGUUCAACUAUGUUUUCUUUUAACCCAGCAUUGAAACAGUUUCUUCACAAAUUCACAAUAGAUUGCAACAGUUAGCUUCAUUUUAGUCACCACCAUAUUUGUGAAGAAGCAAGUGCUUUUCGAGCCAGCUUUCAAGUCACAGGGGCUAAGAGUUUUAUACCUUAAAGUUUUUAGGUGUAAUUUGAAAAUUGUAUUAUUGACUUUUGAGAGAGGACUAUUGAGAGGAGAAUCAAGCUAGGCAACGCUAGUCUCUUAAUUCAUCACCUUCGGGCUGCAUAUAGAGGGGAAAGACACUAUUAAAUAUAAAUAAGUCAAAUCUUACCAAAACAAUGUCGUUCCCCUUUUUAAAGACUUGCUAUCCUACAUGUCCAGUAAUAUUAGAAUUUCAGUUCUUAGUUUCAAAAGUUAGAGCAGCUACAAAACCUAAUUAUGAUGUCUUCUGCUCAAUUUACAGAGGGCUCCUUUUCAAACCAAUAUCUCAACUUUAAGUGUCAAAAGUCCAAAAUUGGAUUUUGGGAGACCAAAGAUCAACGCUAGCUUUAUUAAGACUGUACAGUAUUCAAAUGCUUUGUUACAUCUGUAUAGCCACUUAACUAGUGAUUAGUUGAAAAUUCAACUCAGCAGUCCUUUAACAGUAUGCUCGGGCACAUCUGCUCUCACACAAUGAAUGUUCAGGCAUAUCAGUUCACUGUGCUAUUUCCUUAGCAAGGGUGAGACACUUAAAAAGUCACUUGCAUGCCAUGUCAUCGUGUAAAUGUCGAGUUAACACUCACACACCUCAAGUUAAUCUACCUUGUACAAUAGAGGCCUCAAAUAAUGUUGAAUGUCCGUCAAUAAGAGAGAAAUAAAGAGAGAGAGAGAGGUGGGGACGGGGAAAGUACAGAUCAGUCAUGUUUCAGAUUCUUCCACUGAAUUGCAUGAGAAGAAUGUUUUGUUUUUUUUCUAGUUCUGAUUGUAUGUACUGUAUGUUUAUCAAGAAUGUGUAUCUCUGAAUGUUUCUCUCUACAUGUCGACCAGUCUCUGACCAAGACCAACAAAAAAUCUCAAUGAAUGUGUGUCUUGAAUGUGUUUCCACGAUUGUACCAGACUCGUUUUGAAUACACACACCCGAGUAUUGGUGGGGGAGUGUUUGUUUUUGAUAUAUUAUGCCUCUGUCAAGCGAUGUACACUUGUGUCUUCUGAAUGUUCUGUGGUCAACAGUGUCCUGUUCAUUCUUUUGGGGGGGGGGGGGGGGGGGCGAAUUGUUAAAUCAACCAAGUUUCAAUGUUACUGUCAAGUUAGGAGCAAACUGUAACCCAGCUGGCGCAUAUUCAGGUCGCACGGGGGCAUACAAUUUGGCCAAAUCACAUUGUGAAGGGAAAUAAGUGACUGUACGACCACAAUCUGUCAGCGCCUGAUGUUUUAGUCAGCCAUUUCGCCCCCCCUCUCCCACACACGUCUGCACAAACCAUCUCUGUGUCCUAAUUUGUUCAAAAUAUUUCCAUUCUUAUAAAUGCAUGGACUCAUUAGUGUAAAUAAUAAUCUUUCCGUUUUGUUUUUGUUUUGUUUUUGUUUGUAGAAGCACUUCUGUGUUAAGUUGCCAUUAUGAAUGUGGGGACUACGAAUGUAAAAGGAGCAGCUAAAAGUGAAAUAAAUUAACACACACCUUGGCAUAAUAAGAUUCCUCUUAACAAGUAAUAAAGCCUCCUAGUCCUUCCAGGUAUUUCUUUCAAAUUUAGCUCUUUUUAUGGCAGCUGAGGCAACAGUGUGACAGCGGCAUCACUUUCUCUAUUAAGAGCAAUAUCACCUAUCAAACAACGUAUUGUCUCUGCACUCUAACAGCAGAUCUGUCAGCCAACAGCGAGAAGUUUCUGGGAAACAGUAACAAUCCAUCUAUGGGGCGAGGAGGCUUCACCUUAUCUUUGCCAUUUGUGAUUAAUUUUAGGUUGAUUGUAAUCUGUUCCUGUUUUUGUCUGGCAUAUUUUCUGUGAAAUAAGAGCAAAUGAAGGAAUGUAUCUUUUUACGUACUUGUCGAUCAAGAUAUUGUGACCUUAUUCUUUAUCAGAAUAUCUCUGUAUAUUAUGUUUCUUAAACAAUAUUGAUUGAAUAUUGAUUGAACACGUGUUGUAUAUUAGUUCUGCAUUUUUUGUUCACACAAGUUAGUCACUUAAAUUGGAGAAUAUGUAUGUAACAUACAAUACUCGUCUCUGUGAAAAUAUACAAAAUAAAUAUUGUUUUGAUUACAUUCGA